UAAAUGUGAACAGACCCUUAGUGUCCCGUUGUCCUCCCGCUUCAACUGUGGGGUGUGUUAAAUAUAUUGUAUAUAUUAGUUAGUCAAGGAGAUAAUUUCUCAUAAUUAUCCUCCUAGUUUAUAGCCUUAGAUAUACGUGUAUAGUAUAGUUGCCUAGUAUGCAAAAAGAUUCCGUAUACAAGUUGUCUAGACAUCGUCUAGAGACUAGAGCUGGCAUUCUGGCCGACAAUAACACCGCUUUUUAUGAUUGCAUUAUUGAUCAGAUUUAUCACUAACUUUUCAAAAUGAUGCAGUACAAAAGCUCCACAUUACUAUACAAGAUUAGAAUCACUUUACUAGCAAGCCUAACUUUCGCAUAACAUUAGUCUCUUUACAAAUGGUUGAAUAUAAUAAUGUAGUAUAUUCGUUUGUGACGUAUAUGAAAUACAAAGCAUUAGAGCAAGUUUAGCCCCAAGUCUUAAGACUUGGGGUGACAUCAGUAUUUUGGAUCUUAAGACCUAUGUUUAAGAUUUUCCCCAUUUUUCUUCUAAAAUCUUAGCCAAGUCUUAAGUUGAGUCUUGAAAUUUCAAGACUCAACUUAAGACUUGAGUGGGACCCACCUUAUUAUUAUUAUUAUUAUUAUUAUUAUUUUUUUUUUUUUUUUUACAUUUUCCUACAUAUAAUUUCUCAUUGCAACGGUUAGUUGAAUUCAACUGCUAUUUUUUAAUUUUCAUCCAAAACCAAUUCUCACAUUUUCCACCUCCACCACUUUUACAGCACACCCAAAGCCACCAUUUCUACAUUAAGCACUACAGACCUAGCCAAAACUUUGACUUGAAUUCCUUAAUGAAUUUGAUGCAAAAUUCUCAAUUUCAAAAUCUAGUUUCUCAACAAAACCAAAAUCAGAAUUAUGAAAUUUCCCCUGUUCAAAAUUUAGCCAACUUUAAUUUUUCAAUGUUUCAUCUCAACCCCAAUCAUCUCCAAGCAUGACUCUAAAUAGCGUGAGUUCCAAUUCUUCACCCCAAAUGUCUGAUUUUUCUAUCAUAAUGCACAAUAUGAUUGUUGAGGAUGAAAAAAAUGAUACUACUUUAUCUUGUGAAGUAUCAUAUGAUAGAGGAAGUAAUCAACUAGAAGGACCCCAAGUGCAUCAUGGUCUUCUUCCAAAUUUUUAUGUUAAUCGUGAACAAUACUUUGAGAAUCAUCGUAGACUUCGGAAUCGUACAAGACAUCAUCAAUUGCAACAUGACUUGGUUGAACACUUGUGGGAUCGAUUUGGAGGAAACGUAUCAAAUGUCUAGCUUGUAUUACUACUAUUUAAUUUUUUAAUUUUUAUUAUUAUUACUAUUUGAUUUUUUUUUUAUUAAUGUAUUGUGUAAUUGGAUUUAAAUAAAUUUGUAUAAUUUUGAAAAAUGAAGUAGUCGAAAUCUGAUUUUGAAAUAUAACAUAUACAUUAGUAUUAUUUAGCUUUGUCCAUUAAUAUUGUUAUUUAUAUAGUAUAAAGAGAAUUAAAAAAAUGUCAUAUAUUUGAGUCUUAGUGAGUCUUAGGGCUAAAGUGAUAAAUUUAGACAAAUCAUAGUGAGUCUUAACAAGAAUUUGAUUACAUCAUUUUCAGUGGGACAUAAAAAAUGAUGUCAUAUCCAAGUCUUAAAACUUGGGGCUAAACUUGCUCUUAGACUAUUAGGUAACAAUUAAACUCCACUAAUAAUAAUAAUAACUCACUGUGGCUCUAGAUAAGAGUUUGAUUUCCCUAUAAGAAAAUCUCUUUUUUUUUUCUUUAUCUAUUUAUUUUCAAUCAAUAAAUCUAUUUAAUUUUCCUCAAAAAAAAAAAAAAAAAAAAAAAAACAAACAAAACAACUCAUUUAAUUAGCGCUAAUAACGGUCGGUUGGCUCAUGUACUAAACAACGCAACCACCUCUUAAAAAAAAUAAAAAAAAAUAAGCAGUUUAAUAUCAUUUAACGGAGUUUUGAGUUUAAGCCUCACCGUUAGAGGCUCACCCAACAUAAAUUAAAUGGACUAUACAAAUUGGAUUCGAAGUCGGGAUUAAGCUUUGGUGAAUAAGAUGACCUUUUAAUUUUUAUAUUAUUUACAAAAUGCGUACGUAAAUGACAAAUAAAAUUUAUAUUACCUCGAUUUCAUAUUAUUUGCAAUGAGUAGACAUUUUCUAUCAAUAUUUUACUACCUCCGUUACAUAUUAUUUACAACGAUUAGACAUUUUUCCUCUUUUUACUUUAUGUCAAAUAUGUAACGAAAGUAGUAUAUCAAAUAAUCAUUGUAAAUAAUAUAAAAUGAAGGUAGUAUUUUAGAACAGACAAAGCCGCCAUGUCAGAAUUGGAAGCACCCGGGUAACAACAAAAAAGCUACACCAAUUAAACUUUUUGACUCAUACAUACUAGUCAACUUAAAUUUCUUUGUGCGCACUGCAAGUUUCAACAAAUUAUAAAUUAUAACAAGGCUCAACCAACGCCAAGAAAACAAAGUGACCCAAAAUGAAUAACCAAAAUUCUCAAGUGGUAGUAGUGAUGGUUCCUCUUCCCAUCCAAGGCCAUCUCAACCAACUCCUCCACCUCUCCCACCUCAUCACCUCCUACGGAAUCCCAGUCCAUUACGCCGGCUCCUCCAUCCAUAACCACCAAGCUAAGCUCCGUCUCAAUGGUUGGGACUCACAAAACUUCACAAAAAUCCACUUCCAUGAUUUCGAACUUCCUCCUUAUGAUUCACCUCCUCCAAAUGCCGACCUCUUAGUCCCUUUUCCUCAACACUUCCAACCCCUAUUAGAGGCUUCCAUGCAUCUUCGACAACCCGUGUCAAACCUCUUGCAACAACUCUCGGUCAAGUAUAACCGGGUCGUAGUCAUCCAUGACAUUCUCAUGGCUUAUGUUGUCCAAGAUGUUAAGCUCAUUUCGAAUGGUGAAACAUAUAACUUCAUUCCUACGUCCGCGUUCACCUUUUUCGCCGAUGCAUGGAGUAGCAUACCGGAGAAUGAUAGGCCGUUUCAGUUGGAUUCAAAUGAUAUCCUUGAAGGUAUCCCGGGUAUAGAUGGGUGUCAUACUCAAGCUAUGGCGGAGUUUGCUCUGAAUCAAGUGAAACUACUUGGGUUUGAGUCGGGUUGGAUCUACAACACCUCAAGAGUCAUAGACGGUACAUAUGUUCAAUUAUUGGAGAGGCUAUCUCUAACAACACCACAUAUAAAAUACUUUGCCUUAGGACCUUUUCAUCCGGUUGUUAUCAAAAGUGAAGGUGGCAAAAAUAGACAUCAUUGCCGUAAAUGGUUAGACGAACAAGAGAAGGGUUCAGUGAUAUUCGUGUCUUUUGGGUCAACAACAUCAUUGACUGAUGAUCAGAUCGAAGAGUUGGCAAACGGGUUGGAAAGAUGCGGAGAGAAGUUUAUUUGGGUGCUCCGAAAAGCGGAUUCAAACAACGUUUUUUUAGAAGCUGGUAAAGAGAAAAAGCCUCAACUUCCUGCAGGUUAUGAAGAAAGAGUAAAAGAUAGAGGAAUAGUAGUAAAAGAUUGGGCGCCACAGCUAGAAAUCUUGGCUCAUCCAUCAGUAGGCGGGUUCAUGAGUCAUUGUGGGUGGAAUUCGUGUAUGGAAAGUAUUAGUAUGGGUGUGCCAAUUCUAGCCUGGCCUAUGCAUUCUGAUCAACCAAAGAACGCGUUUUUGGUUAGCAAUGUUCUAAGGACUGGUGUGAUGGUGAGAGAUUGGGAACAUCGCGGUGAGAUUGUAAAGUCAAGUACGAUAGAGAAUGUGGUGAAAACAUUCAUGGCAUCACAAGAAGGAAAGGAGAUAAAGAAUAGAGCUGCAAAAUUAGGCGAUGAUGUUAGAAGAUCAGUUAACGAAGGUGGUGUUUCUAGUUUAGAAAGAGAUGCUUUUAUUGCUCAUAUCUCUAGAUAAUGCUCAUAUCACAAGGAGAGCGUCAUUUGGAUCUGGUUUAAUUUUUUUUUUUCUUAUUGUAGAUCGACCUUUGAAAUUUUCUAGAUCAAAAUAAUAAUAAUAAUAAUAAAUAAUAAUAAUAAUAAUAAUAAUAAUUAUUGUAGCAUUAUUAAUCAAAUCUUGAAUGAUUUUGUAAGAUCCAUUUAAUUAAUAGUAUCAAUCGGUUUGAUUUCAGUUGGUUAAGAUUUGUUCAUAUUCGGUUAUGUCUUAGCAAUCUAUUGAGAUCAAUGGUUGUCAUUGUUA